GCCACCCACUCUCAACUUUGUAUUAUUCUCGCACAAUAUUCUUUCGGCCCAACGCAAAACGGAGGACACACACACAUUAUCCUGAGCCAACAUACUAUCAUUCUUCUCAUGGCAGACAAGAAAGCAAUGUCUCGCGCUCUCGGGGCCGCAUUCCUGAACCAUCAAGUCGAGCAAUUGGAAAAGUCGGCUGCGUCCCGUAACUGGCGUAGCUCAUCUCCCAACGCUACUCAACCAUUUCCAAAGAAGCGCAUUUCUCAGCAGCAACAGACAGCCAGUGCAAUGACCACUCAAACCAUUUCCAAACGCAAAAAGCAUGCAGGUGUCUUCACCCUUCCCGAGCCGAAUCACGACACUCCCUCCAUUGAUCGUCUCUCGCUGGUGGAUGGGAAGGAGAAAGAUGCGAAUGUUGUGGUCGUCGAUGCUAGUGUGCUUGUUCAUGCCCUCCAUCAAGUCAAGCGUUGGUGCCGUGAAGGGCAUUCAGAGAUUGUCAUUGUACCACUUGAAGCUCUGAACACACUUGAUCUAUUGAAGAAAGGGACUUCUCCCAUUGCUCAGCGUGCCCGGGCCGCUUCACGCAUUCUGGAAGCACAAGUUGGCCAGAACCCACGUAUUCGUGUCCAACAAGACGCCGCCUUUGUUCCCUGGAAUGCUAUUCUCCCUGAAGACUCUGACGAUGCCCAAGAGUGGGUGCGGCGUACAAUCUGUUGUGCCCGUUGGGAAAUCAAUGAAGCAGAAAAGAUGGUUUCAACUACCGAUGUCCCUAUUGUUCGUCUGGCGGUCUUGGCCCCAGAUGCUACUGCGCCCAUCAUUGCGACUGCUGAUGCCACGGUUAGCAAGCAUGAACCUCGCGCGGCAGGUUCACUUGUUUCUCACUGGGCCACACGUGCCGGCAUCAAACUCCUUCCAGUUCCGCCUUCCGUGCCGAAUGUGGGUAACAUUCACAAUACCGUCCCCUCUCGCCCAGCAACCCAAACCAAGCGUCGUCCUGGCAGCGGAGGUAGCAAUCAUGUUACCAAAGGCGCAGGAAACCUCGUCGAGAGACCUGCUGCAGCUAUUGCUCUCGAAGGCAUUGUUGGUUCGGCUGGUGGCCCAGGGGUAAUACGAGUGUUGGCGCGAGGCGAAAGACUUGAUUCUGGUCCAUGA